AUGCCCCUCCCCACCCUCCAAGAAUCUCUGCAAGCCCUCUGCCCGACCAUCUGGACCGAUGUCCCCAGCACCGACCCCGCCGCACUACGAGCCUACAUCACCGACCUCCGAACAAAAGCGCACCUGAUCGUCGACUCCGUGCCGUUGCCUUCAGACGAUGACAUCCAGGCACAGCACGGUGCGGCGGCCACAUAUGAUGAUCAUCCAGCGAAGAAGGUAGUGAAGGCGAGUGGGGCGCUUCCUGUGCAUGAUUUGGUGGAUCAUGAUGGGGAUGCGAAUGGGGAUGGGAGCAGUAGUAGUGGGAGUGGGAGUGGGAACGGGAAGGGGGUCCAAGCAUUGCGGAAGCAAUGGAGCAAGCCGAUAAAAGUCACCAAUACGAGGGACAACCCGCUCCAGAUACCGAUAUACAAGUUACAUGGGGCGGACGGGAAGGGCCAUUGGUUUGGGAGGCGGAGCGUGCAUGAGGGGUUAGGGUUUGAGCGGUGGAGGGAGAAAUUGUCGGGGGAGAUGGGGGAGACGUUGAGGAGGAAUCAGGAGCGGAUAAGGAAGGGGAAGAUGCCGGAUCAGGCGGUUAGGGGGAUUGGGGCGGAGAGGUUGGUUGAGGGGAUUGAGGUUAGAGCUGGGGAUAAUGAGGGGGAUGGGGUGAUUGGACGGGUGCAGGUGUUUCAUGUUUCCGCGCAGUUCCCGAAACCCACGACUGCGCGGGACUUUGUGAGUUUGAUUGUGUCUUGGGAUGAGAGUGAGGGUGAUGAGGAGAGGAAGAAGAGGGAAGGGAAGGGGAGGGAGUGGAUGAUGGUGUCGAGACCGUGCGAGCAUGAUGAGGUGCCUCCUGUGCCGGGGUAUAUUCGGGGCAUGUAUGAGAGUGUGGAGUUUAUUCGGGAGAUACCUGUGGAGAAUAAGCCUGAGGGGGCGAUGAAUCCGGUUGAAUGGGUGAUGGUGACGAGGAGUGAUCCUGGGGGUAAUAUUCCAAGGUGGAUGGUGGAGAAGGGCACGCCCAAGAGCAUCUGUACGGAUGCUGUCAAGUUCCUGAACUGGGCUUGUCGGGACGGGGAGAGGAAGAGGAGGUCGACGGUCAGGUCGGUGGGCAGUCACAGUCAAUAUGAUGAGGAAGGGGAGGAUGCGUCUAGCAGUGAGGAGGAUAGCGAUGACGAGUCAUACACCGAAGUCGAACAUCACGGGUUGAUUGCCAGCUUCGCAUACCUGGUGAACGCCGGUCUCGAGCGGUAUGCGCCGCAGACGGUGCUGGACUACCUACCGCAGCACUCACGUCAUGUCUCGGCUCAGAGUGUCCCUGCCAGCGGCACGGAGCCAGAUGUCGAGGGAGUCAAGGAAAACGAAGAUGAUGCAGUGUCGCCCGACAAAGCAUCGAUAGCACCAUCAGCGAACUCGGACAUCGAGUCAUCCAUGGAAGCAGGCCCCGACGUCUCUGCGCUGGAGCUAAUGACCAAGAACAAGAAAGGCAAGCUGACAUCGCACGAGAAGCAGCUGGCAAAGCUAGCAGAGCGAAAGCGCAACGUCGAAGCACAGCUGGAUAGAGUACGAGCCGACAUCCAAGCCCUCCGCGUGACCUCACCAGUCGAAGGCUCCAAGCGCGACAAGGCAUCGACGACCGCUCUAGCAGCAACAAACGAGCAAGCAAGCAGCGAACCGCCGAGCAGCAGCCCAGCCAGCAGCGUGCACAGGGGCCAAUCCUCAGGCAAGAGCCGUCACGCUGAGAACCCCGACCACGAAACGGCGAAGAUGCACAAGGUUGCAUCGGGUCUGUUCCACGACGAGUCCAAGCUGCUGAAACAGCUGGGCAAGAUCGAGAAAGACCAGGUCAAGGAAGCAUCGAAGAUCGAGGCGCGGCAGCAGAAGCACGCAGACAAGCAGGAGAAGCAUCGCGCGCGGGCAGAAACUGAGGCGUUGCGCCGCGAGGUGGAGGUGCUCAAGAAAGAGGUGCAUCGACUGCGCGGAGAGCGCAAGCAAUGGCUGGAUUUGAUCGGGUCAUUGCAGAAUGAGAAUACGCGGUUGGCAGCGGCGCAGGGUGAUGAAAGUGAUAUCGGACAUGGAAACGGGGAGAAAUGA